AUGACUGAGUCUCAUAUAACAAAACUAAAAAAAUUAUGUCGAAUAUGCGGAGAAAAACUUGGAAAUCGUAGUGUUCUUUUAACAAAGCAUGUAGUUAGAAUAGAAUUGAAUUUUUUUAUACGAAUCGACGAGGAUGACCCAAAGAUGCACCCACAGAAGAUGUGUUACAGAUGCUUUACAAUAAUGAGAAACAUAGAAAAAGGUUCAAAUACUGAUCUUAAAUUAAGAACUUGGAUUAGCAAUUGCCAGAAAGAUGAAUGUAUUUGUUUCAAAGUAAAUAAAGGAAGGAAACCAAAGAAAACUGUAAAAGGAAGGCCCUUAAGUAUUGUAAAUGAAGAAAUUUGGACUCGACAAGCAAUAAAUAACAUACAAGCUAAACUUUCAUCUCUACCAAAUUUAAAUCUGAAACUACAAGACAUUAACCAAAAAUUAAACCCACAUGUACAUCUUUGUGUCUGUUAUAUUUGUAAUGGUAUUAUGUAUAAACCAGUUAUUUUAAAAAACUGUCUGCAUUCGUUUUGUGCACCAUGUAUAUUACCACUAAUCAAUGGUAAACUAUUAUUUAAAACAAAAUGCCCUAAAUGCUCCUUUUCAAUUUCAAUUGAUGGAAUAACCUCCUCUAGCAAUGUUAUUGAAAUGAUAAAUAAUAUUCAAGAAGAAUGUAAGCAACAUUGCGGUAGAUUAUUUAAAGUGUCACAACAAUCAGAACGCUUCAACCAUCAAAAUAAUUGUCAGACUCCAAUACCAAUUUCCACAACCUUGUCAACACCCUCAUCACAAACAACUCUAACAGAUAUAUUUGCAUUAAAUUCAACAAGUGUUAUCACAAGGGAUAUUGAUGCUGUUGCACUUCAUAUUAUUAAACAAAAAAUGUUGCAAACAACAUCCAAUGUAAUAGAAUUUCAGACAGAUGGACCAAGGUAUUUUAGCCUUUAUGCUUCACAUCAACACCAAAAGCCUAUAAAGAAAGUAAAGAUGCAACUUUACGAACAGUUUGCAAACGACAAUCACAGUUAAACGAUUACAUAAGCACAACAUGUGGUGGAAGCAUUAGGUCCAAAAUCAACCAAACCACUUGCCAUGUGCUUAUAUUAACAAUCUGCAUGGACAUAUAAUAAAUGUGCUAGAUAGAUUAGAAAGGUAAAAACAAAUCUUGCUUAUAAAAGUACUUGUAUUAUAUCUUUCUUUAACAAUUUCUGACUUGGAAGGUUUAGAUAUAAUACUACAAAAAAAUACAAAAAUAAAUUUAUUUGGCACACAUUCAAUAUAAAUAAAAAAAUCAGUUCUAAAAUUUCAUUUUCUAUAAUAUAUUUUAGCAACAACUUACUAUUGAACAAAAAGAUUAAAUGCAAUGAAAUCCAUAUAAAAAUAGGAGGCGACCAUGGAGGUGGCUCGUUCAAAAUGUGUUACCAAGUAGUGAAUGUAGAGAAACCUAAUGCAAAAACAAACACAACUGUCUUUAACAUAUUUGAAGCAAGUGAUUGUAAAACAAAUCUGAAGUUUUCACUGUCAAGAUUUAAAUCAGAAAUCGAUUUGUUGCAAAAUACCAUUUGGAG